AGCGAAUGCCGAUUUUUCAGUGAAAAUUUCAACAACUUUUCUACAAUUCGGGCAAACUGCCUGCUGCCUCCCUCCCUCCAGCCAGUCACAGAAGCCACAAACCCACACCUUUCCUCCCUGCCUCCAGCAGCAGCCAGCGACUGUCCUUCAUUGUUGUUGUGGUUUGUGUUGUGUGGGUUGUGACGACGCUUUUGCUUCCACUGUACCCCUCCCCUGCCCCUGCACACCAACAGAAAUGAGCCAAAAAGGAAAAGGCAGCGCAGCCAAGCCGGGCGCUGCCAUGUCACAGGAUGCUCUGCUUGCCGAGGCCUCGCGCGCCGUCAAGGAGAACGCCUUUGCCAUGAAACGCUCCCUGGACGAGGACAAGCUCAUGGAUGCGCUGAAGCAUGCCGUGGCCAUGCUCUCUGAACUGCGAACAUCUGCGCUCCAGCCCAAGACAUACUACGAGCUCUACAUCAAGGUGACAGAUGAGCUGUCGCAUCUGAAGACGGUGCUUGAGGACAUCUUCGAGAAGAAGGGCCCCAUCAGCGACCUGUACGAGCUGGUGCAGUACACGGGUAACAUCCUGCCGCGCCUGUACCUCCUCAUCACCGUCGGCGCCGUGUUCAUUGAGACGAACCGCGUUCCCGCCAAAGACGUGCUGCGCGACCUUGUUGAGAUGUGCCGCGGUGUUCAGCACCCGCUGCGUGGCCUUUUCCUGCGCAACUACCUCCUCACCACCGUCAAGACCCUUCUCCCUGAGGAACAAACCGGGGAGGGCGGGACAAUCCACGACUCUGUCGACUUUGUGCUACUCAACUUUGCCGAGAUGAACAAGCUCUGGGUGCGCAUGCAGCACCAGGGCCAUUCGCGUGACCGGACACGGCGGGAGAAGGAGCGACUGCAGCUGCGGCUCCUCGUCGGCACCAACCUGGUGCGCCUGUCGCAACUCGACAACGCCGACGUCGACAUGUACAAGGCCACCGUCCUGCCCGCCGUCUUGGAGCAGGUCAUCAACUGCCGCGACCCGAUUGCACAAGAGUACCUGAUGGAGUGCAUCAUCCAGGUGUUUCCGGACGACUACCACCUGGCCACGCUUGACAAGCUGCUGACGGCGUGUGCGCCUUUGCACGCGCAGGUGAACGUGAAGGCGAUUGUGAUCAGUCUGGUCGAGCGCCUUGUGCAGUUCUUCAGCCAGUCGCGAGCAGAUGCAGCCGCAACGGCGGGGGUGCCGGCAGACGUGGACCUGUACAAGGUCUUUGCCGACAACAUCCGCUCCCUCUUCCAGGCGCGGACGACAAUGGCGCCUGAGGAUGCCGUCGCCAUCCAGCUCGCCCUCAUGAAGCUCACCAUCGAGUGCUACCCAGAGAACCUCGACUACGUCGAUGAGAUCUUCAAGAACACAAUUGACCACCUCAAGAGCGUCGGCCUCACAACGGUUGAGCCGCGGACUGCUGCGUGCGAGCAGUUGUCGCUGCUGCUUCGCCUUCCGCUGGAGACGUACCCCUCGCUCACGCCCGCCCUCAAGCUGUCGUCGUUUGGAAACGUGUUGAGCAUGUUUUCCUAUGCCACCCGCCACGCCCUCGCCGUCUUCACCGCAAAGAAGAUUGCAGACUCAAACUUUGCCGUCUCAACAGAGGCCGAGGCCGACGUUGUGUUUGGGGAGCUGCUGCUGCCGCUGCUGGGCGAGGUGGAGGGCCAGCCGAAAUCCUUCCACCAGGAUGGGUCGUUUGUGGAGGAGCAGGUGGUCGUGGCACGCGUGCUCUCCCUCGUGCAGGGGGUGGAUCUCGACACACAGGCGCAGAUUCUUGCGUCACUGAAGAAGCAGUUGCUUGCAGGCACCAUCCACCGCAUGCGGUACUGCGUGCCGGCGCACGUGUUCAAGGCGCUCCAGCUUGCGCAGGGCUACUCCGACGCGCGCGAUGAUGAUGAGCUGUGGGAGAAGAAGUGCAGCAAGCUGUACUCGAUGGUGCGGACGUGUGUUCUGGCACUGGCAGAGGGAGAGCUGCCCAUGCUCGCCCUCAAGCUGUUUCUCCAGGCAGCACUCGUCACCAGCACCACAACGUUUGCCAAGAGCGAAACCAUCGCAUACGAAUUCUGCUCCCAGGCGUUUUCGCUGUACGAGGAGGAGGUGUCUGACUCGAAGGAGCAGGUGGCAGCGAUGACGCUGAUGAUUGGAACACUACAACGCAUCACGUGCUUCACAGAGGAAAACUACACCCCGCUCAUCACAAAGUGCGCGCUGCUGAGCUCCAAGUUUGUGCAGAAGCCAGACCAGUGCCGCGGCGUGUGUGCAUGUGCAAACCUCUUUUGGUCCGGAAAACUCGCAGACUCGGACGAAGAGCUGCGCGAUGGGGAUCAGGUGCUCAAGUGCCUGAAGAAGGCGAUCAAGGUUGCGCGCUCUUGUCUGGAGCCGUCAACGCAGGCGUCGCUGUAUGCAGACAUUUACGACGCGUACACCUCAUUCUACAUCCGCGGCUGCGAACAGGUGACCAACACGAUCAAGGAAGGUGGUGGUGGUGGGGUGGAGGAGUAG